AUGGCCGGCCUACUACACGAUCGUGAUGCUAUUGCUGGAUUGGGUGAAGCUGUCCAACACGAUACAAAGCUUGAAAAGGCAAAUUCUGACAUCGUUUCGGUAUCUGGGGAAGAACUCGAUGGUAUACACGAUGGCCUUGAAUUCCCCACAGACGAGGAGAAGGUCACUCUCAGACGUGUCACUGACUCGCUUCCAUGGAAUGCUUAUCUUAUCGCUGUUGUCGAGCUUGCAGAACGCUUUUCAGUACGCAGUAGUGUCGUCUUCACAAAUUAUAUUCAGCAGCCCCUUCCUCCAGGCUCGCACACUGGCGCGAGUGGAACGUACGGACAGUCAGGUGCACUGGAUAGAGGUCAGCAAACAGCGACUGGUCUGAACACGUUCUAUCAAUUCUGGUGCUACUGUACUCCCCUUCUUGGUGCAUAUAUUGCGGACACAUACUGGGGUCGGUAUAAAACAAUUAGUGUUUCCGUUGGUGUCGCUAUGUUGGGACACAUUUUGAUGAUCAUCUCUGCGGUACCCGGCGUCAUCGAAAAGCAGGGCGCAAUAGGAGUGUUUGUUCUGUCUAUGAUCGUGACUGGGCUUGGAACUGGGGGUUUCAAGUCAAACAUCUCUCCAUUAGUGGCCGAGCAAUACCCACGAACAAAACUAUUCAUUGCAACCACUAAAAGUGGUGAGCGUGUAAUCGUAGAUCCGGCUAUGACAACUGCCAAGAUCUAUAUGUACUUCUAUUUUUUCAUCAAUAUUGGUGCAUUGAUCGGUCAAAUCUCCAUGGUUUACGCAGAAAAAUACGUGGGCUUUUGGCUUGCAUACACACUACCCACCAUUAUAUUCUUCCUCUGCCCAAUUAUUCUCUGGUAUGGGAGGAGUCGCUACAUAUGCUCACCUCCCACAGGCUCUGUACUUGCCACUGCAGUACGUAUUUGGCGUCUUGCAGCUCGUGGGCGAUGGAGUUGGAACCCAGUGAAGUUGAUCAAGCAAUUUAAGGCCGACGAUUUCUGGGAUACCGCUAAACCUAGCCGGCUUGCCGCAGAAGAUAAGCCUGCAUGGAUGACCUUUGAUGACCAGUGGGUGGACGAAGUGAGGAGAGGAUUUAAGGCUUGUGCGGUGUUCCUGUGGUUCCCUAUCUACUGGCUCACGUAUAACCAACUGAACAGUAACUUGACGUCGCAGGCUGCGACCAUGGCUACGCACGGAUUACCCAAUGACGUCUUGUCCAACCUUGAUCCUUUUGCCCUCCUCAUAUUUAUCCCUAUUAGUGAUCUCUUGAUUUAUCCUGCCUUACGCCGCGCUGGGAUCAAGUUCACCGCUCUAAAAAAGAUUACGGCAGGAUUCUUUGCUGGUUCCCUGUCUAUGAUCUGGGCGGCAGUGGUUCAGCAUUACAUCUACAAGACAAACCCAUGUGGAUACCACGCAGCAACGUGCACCGACGCUGCUGGAAAUGCCCUUACCUCCCCUCUCAAUGUGUGGAUCCAGACCGGAGCUUACGUUUUAAUAGCCUUCAGCGAGAUCAUGGCCUCCAUUACUGGCCUUGAAUACGCAUUUACGAAGGCGCCUAAGAACAUGCGGUCUCUCGUUAUGUCCGUUUUCUUGUUCAUGAGCGCGAUUGCUUCUGCUCUUGGCGAGGCUUUUGUCUCGUUAUCGACCGAUCCUUUGCUCGUAUGGAACUAUGGUGUGAUGGGAGUCCUGGCGUUUUUCGGUGGUAUUUUCUGCUGGCUUUCGGUGCGGAAGCUCGACGCGCACGAAGACGAACUCAACGAAUUGGGUGAAGGCCACUUUGACUCGGAGAAACAUUGAAGAGAUAUGGGUCGCUGACUCGGUAGCAAACUGUGUCACGGUUCGCACAGUCAUAUCGCUAUCGUGUAAUUAGUUGUUCUGACAAAUUUUAUGAAAUAUAAUGUCACCUACUUCAUGUAUAAUUUCAAUGAUAUUGUAUGAGUGUGAUGGCAAGAUAUAUUUAACAUUAUUCUG